UCGAUAUCGCAUGCAGUCAAAUGACUCAAAUCGUUAAAGUUGUCUUGAUGCGAGGAUUCUUUAUUGCGCUGAUUUUCAAAGCUGGGUUAGGGAUCUUAUGAAGAGAAAACAUUCGCUUUGGUUGUGUUGUUAUCGUAUAAAGGCUAUUCGAGACAGUUAUAUAUUAUGGCUAGUUCAUCGUCACAAGAGUUUUUUGGCAACUGUCCUCAAUGUUCCAAGAUGGAUGUUAAAAUCUUUCAUUGUCCAACACUAGCUGGAAGAGGCCAACAUUAUUUAAACCUUCCUGGGAUGCCAUUGCACAGCCAUUUUACUUCAAGAUCACCAAACCAAUGCUGCCCAGCAGCACUUCCAACAUAUCCAUCCUUUCCAAUUAGAUUUAACAGCUUUUCUCACUGCUCAAGAUCUAGAACAACAAAUGUUGAACAUAGUCUGGUAAUGAGUCCACACAUGAGAGUGAAUUCAUGCUGGCUUAGUCCAAUGGAAAUUCAUCAUACCAAUCUAACUACAAAUAUCUCAGCAAAUCCUUUACACCAACGUGGUAUACCUCGUAGGCAUGUUGGGAUGGCAACUAUUGCACAGUUGGAUGGAUUGACACCAAAUUGCAUGUCAUUAUAUCAUCACCGACACUUCCAUCAUUACCAUCACCAUACACAGUCAAGAAUUAAUGUCCAUCCAUAUGCAUCAGCUCUUCAACCUAGGUUUCAUAGACAAGCGGCUCACAUCUCAAGGAAUAGUGAAGAAAAUCCAGAUCCUAAUUUUAUACCAGUAAUGACAUCUGAAACACAACUUCCUUGGGAAAGACUGGAAACCAGACAGAUAGAGAAUGUUGUAAACUUGGAAGAUCUGAUUGUUGAUGAAAAACCAAGAGGGAUAUCAAAAUCCGUUUUAGACAGUCUUCCUACAUACAGGGUUGCCUCGAAAGUUAAAAAUGUUUGUGAAUCACAUUGUGUUAUCUGUUUGAUGGAAUUUGAACAGAAACAACAAAUUAGAAUAUUGCCAUGCCUCCAUGAAUAUCACAGCAAGUGUAUUGAUAAAUGGCUUAAGGGUAGCAGAUCAUGUCCAAUAUGCAGAAAGGAGGUUAAAGCAGUUGAUUAAACAGACUACUUGCAGUUUUUCACGUGAUGUGUGCAAGAAUCACCAAAGUGAAAUGAAGAAUAUACAAUGAAUGAAAGUAUUACCUAAAAUAUUAUUGUACACACUCUUAAACAUGCAUAAUGUUUAUUUGCACAUUGUCUUGAAAUUAUGCUCUGUGGACAGAAGCCAUUAAUAUUAUACAGGAACGUUUCAAAAUCUCAGGCUUGUAGAUACAUUCAAUAUUGCUUUGCCUGUGCUAGAGUGAAGUUGGCAUGUUUCUAUGUUUUAAUUUCAUAUAGAAGUUACAAAAGUUAAAGAUUAUUUUCAUAAAUUUGUAUAUUACUUAUAUAAAAAACAGUAAAUGUUUCCAUGCCAGAAAGGGUUUAAAGUAUUACCAUUUUACCUAGUUGUAGACUUGUGGUAUAACAUA